UUUGUGGCGGCCACAUCCAAUUCUUCUGCCUCUCUGCCUACCGUCUUCUGGGUCAACGGCUCUGGAGACAGCGUGCUGAGGACUGAUGGUGCUGCAAUGCCUGCCUGGUUCCUUGCUCUGCGGAUCAUGGUGGCACUGGCCUACGGACUUGUAGGUAUCAUUGGCUUGUUGGGAAAUUUGGCUGUGCUAAGGGUGCUAGGUAACUGUGCCCGUGUGCCUGGCCCACCUUCUGACACCUUUGUCUUCAGCCUGGCUCUGGCAGAUCUGGGGCUGGCCCUCACUCUUCCUUUCUGGGCAAUUAAAUCAGCAAUGGACUUCCACUGGCCUUUUGGAAGUGCUCUCUGCAAGAUAGUUCUGACAACCACUGUCUGCAGCAUCUGGCCCACAGUACUCUUUGGAGCUGAGAGUGAGUUGUGGGGCAUGCACCUCUGCCUCUGUUUCCCCAGCACAUACUGGCUGGGGGCUUACCAGCUACAGAUGGUUCUGGCCUUCAUUGUGCCCUUGGCCAUCAUUACCACCAGCUACCUGCUGCUACUGGCCUUUCUUCAGUGGCUGCAAAGAUGCAGGUGUCCGCAGUGGCAGGAUUGCCAAGUAGUAGCCUGCUCUGACUGUAUCCUGGUGGUUUCCUUUGAUUGCUGGUUUCCCAACCAUGUAGUCACUCUCUGGGGAAUUCCGAUAAGUUUGACCUGGUGUCCUGGGACAGUUACUUUCUACACAAUCCACACUUAUGUCUUUCCCAUCGCCACCUGCUUGGCACACAGCAAUAGCAGCCUCAACCCUGUGCUCCACUGUCUCCUCUGGGUGGUGCCCUGGCAGGUUCUUGUCAGCUCCUUCAGGGAUCUCUGGUCUCAAGACUGUGGCUCCAGAGCAAGGCCUGUGGAACAAGUAGCCCUCAAGGAGGUAGGUGGGAGCCAGCACCCAGGAGAGUGA